AGUCGUUAUUUCAGCCGCUUCUGCCGUAUGUUUGUGGAGCCCACGGAAACAGCAAGUUGUCGCAGCUUCGCCUCUCGGAUGUUACAAAGUGUGCGAAAAAGCUUGCAGUCGCGUUCAUUACAUCGUCUUUGUUGAAGUGUUGUGCGGGGCACCAUUUUUGCUGUGUUGUGAAACGUAAGAAAAGCCUAGGAUUUACUCAUCACCGAAGAAAUGGCUACGGCCAUGGAAAAGCACCUGUUCAACCUCAAGUUUGCAGCCAAGGAGCUUGAGAGGAAUGCGAAAAAGUGUGAAAAGGAAGAGAAGGUGGAAAAGUCCAAGCUGAAGAAGGCGAUUCAAAAGAACAAUCUCGAAGGUGCACGGAUCCAUGCGGAAAACUCAAUCCGGCAGAAGAACCAGGCACUCAACUACCUUCGCAUGGCAUCGCGGGUCGAUGCCGUGGCGAGUCGUGUGCAGACUGCUGUCACCACGAAGAAAGUCACCACCUCCAUGGCUGGUGUCGUCAAGUCAAUGGACGCGGCAAUGAAAAGCAUGAACCUGGAAAAGAUCUCUGGCCUGAUGGACAAGUUUGAGAAGCAGUUUGAGGACCUGGACGUACAGGCGUCCUGCAUGGAGGACACCAUGAGCUCCACCACCACGGUCACUGCCCCACAGCACGAGGUCGAGGGCCUCAUGCAGCAGGUUGCAGACGAGGCUGGCCUGGAGUUGAACAUGGAGCUGCCCCAGGGUGUCAACAACACCAUCGGCCAAUCUACAACAGCCUCUACAGAACAGGACGAGCUGACGCAACGCCUUGCCAAGCUGAGGCAGCUGUGAUUGGCAUCUCUGUGCUCUUCAACGUUUACACACACGCCACCCGAAGUUCCUGCUGCACAGACAGUCCCAUUUACCGGGUGCACAGCUUCUGUUUUUAUGUUCUCUAUACAUUUUUUUUUUCCUCGGUCUCUUGCGUUGAGAGCAACACAAGCUUCAUCAUCCAAAGGGCAGCAGUGCUGCCUCUGUUACGCUGCGACCAGACGGAGCACUUCUGGAAACAUGAAAUCUGGAAACCACGCUGGAAUUGCCUUUCCUGUGUAGUGUGUUGAGAGCUUUUUUUUUUUUUUCUGUACAUAGAAAAUCUGACAGCAACAACUCAGCGUGCAUGAGUGUGUCUUGCCCAGCACAACCAUCUUUGAUUUUGAUUUCCUAGUGCCGAGAUUAAAUAAAAUUAACGUGCAGAAGUGGCUUCUACCAACCAUUUGCGGCAUUUGCUUACCUCACGAGACAACUCAAAAUCAUUUUUGUUUCUGAAGGCCAUAAUGCUUAGAGGCGACGCUUUCUCAACUGUGCCUGUUAGAUGUGCUCUGUGGUUUUGUUAUUCGGCAUCGAUUAGCACAAGAAAACACAGGGCAGAGAAGUGUGUGAAUUUAGAAAGUAUAAUAAAGCAUGGUAUAAGGACCUGUCAACCUAUCUUUGUUGCCAUAUUUAUAGUUGCUUAGAUGUUCAUGGAGAGCUGUUGCUGGGAAUCAUCAUUUUUUAAGCAAAUAAAAAGCUUUUGCAGGUUGUA